GGUUGACUUUUUAUUUUUUUUUAAUUAUAAAAAAAUUGUAUAUAUAUAUAUAUAUAUAUAUUUGAAUGCAUGCUUUGAUGCAUCAAUGCCUUGAGUGAAACGAAAUGCUUGAAUGCCUUUAGCACAGUAAUGCAUGGGCAUGCUUUGAUCAUCCACAGAGAGAGGAGCCUUUUGCUGAAGCAUGUCACUGCAGACACCCCGCGCUUGCUUGAAGGGGUUAAAACACUCACAGCCGGUGUGAUGUGUUUUUCAUGGGUGCAUGAGCCUGGAUUCUGAAUAUGUGUCCUGUAAUAAAAAAACUGACAAACAAACAAAAAAAAACUUGUUUUCGGGCAAUUGGAUAACACCUGAAAAACGGACGCUGUCUUUGCGCAACGGGGAAAGCAAACAAACAAACAGCGAAAUGAUGACUGGGAACAUCUGAAACGUGAUGCUCUAUGGAUUUCUGCCCGUAAGAUGAGCGCGUUUGCUCAACAACAAGAUGUUGCCACUCCUCAGAGCAUCAUUUUGGCCACCAAACUCGAGCGGCCACACGUAUUCAGGCAAUACUCCUCAGUCUCUUGUGUUAAAUGUUACUAUCUUGUAUAAUGUGAGCAUGUUUGAGGCGACGCCCAACGCAAACAGCUCCCCUGUUUCUUUGCAGAUCUCUGAAUUGAGUCGAGACAACACCGUGAGGACACAGGGGGCGUCAGAUUUUGCUGACCUUAGCAUCUCUGGACCGUUUCGAUGGGAAGCUCUUUGCAAAUAACACCUUAAGGGAGUCCCCUUCGCUUGGCCUCUUUAAUUUCUUUGAGACACGCUGCUGUAUGUUUCCCGUUUGUCCUGAAGGCGCAUACGCGCAGCGGUUGGGAGGAGGACCGGGAUCGUUGCAGUACCUGUAAUGAAUGGCUGCUGAAAGACCCCACUGACCCUGGCAACGAGACGUUUUAUUAGUCCUGGCGGUGUCAUGUAAACAUAAUCAUUUGACAAAUGAUUUCUCUGGCGCUUUGGGGACGCUUGGUGCUUGCAGUGUUUGCAAGAGGGUGGUGUUAAGGAGUGAAAGGAAGCCUCCAAUUUUUUGAGGAAACACCACCACAUCCUGACCCCAAACUGCAGGUUGCAUUCGUUCACAGCAUGACUGUUGCCACAGGCGACCCAGUCGAUGAAGCCGCAGCUCACCCGGGUCAACCACAGGACACGUAUGACCCGGAUCCAGAUCAUGAGUGCUGCGAAAGGGUGGUCAUUAACAUCUCUGGCCUCCGCUUUGAGACACAGCUCAAAACUCUGUCUCAGUUCCCCGAGACAUUGCUUGGGGACCCCAAAAAGAGAAUGCGCUACUUUGACCCUCUGAGGAAUGAGUACUUUUUCGACAGGAACCGCCCAAGUUUUGACGCCAUUCUCUAUUACUACCAGUCAGGUGGCAGGCUGCGGAGGCCUGUCAAUGUGACAUUGGAUAUUUUUUCUGAGGAGAUACGUUUUUAUGAGCUCGGGGAAGAAGCCAUCGAGAUGUUCAGAGAGGAUGAAGGAUUUAUUAAGGAAGAGGAGAAACUCCUGCCAGAAAAUGAGUUUCAGAGGCAGGUGUGGCUGCUCUUUGAGUACCCUGAAAGUUCAGGGCCUGCUCGCAUUAUUGCCAUCAUUUCCGUCAUGGUCAUCCUCAUAUCUAUAGUCAGUUUUUGCCUGGAGACCCUUCCAGUUUUUCGCAGUGAGGACCUGGACCCGGACAAAAUUUCCAUGGGCUCCAACUCAACAAAUACUUACACCUCCACCUACUUUACUGAUCCCUUCUUCAUCCUGGAGACCCUUUGCAUCAUAUGGUUCUCCUUCGAGUUCCUGGUGCGUUUCUUUGCAUGUCCCAGCAAAGCAGGCUUCUUUGUCAAUAUAAUGAACAUCAUUGAUAUUGUGGCUAUAAUACCUUACUUUAUCACCUUGGGCACAGAGCUAGCAGAGAAGCCAGAGGAUGGCCAACAAGGGCAGCAAGCCAUGUCACUUGCCAUCUUGAGGGUCAUCAGGUUAGUACGAGUCUUCAGGAUCUUCAAACUGUCCCGGCACUCGAAAGGGCUGCAGAUUCUUGGGCAAACGCUCAAGGCCAGUAUGAGGGAGCUAGGGCUGCUUAUCUUCUUUCUCUUCAUUGGAGUCAUUCUGUUUUCGAGUGCCGUCUACUUCGCUGAGGCGGACGAGGCUGACUCACAGUUUAUUAGCAUCCCUGAUGCUUUCUGGUGGGCCGUGGUCACAAUGACGACAGUAGGGUAUGGUGACAUGGUUCCAACAACCAUCGGAGGCAAGAUUGUAGGAUCUCUGUGCGCUAUCGCUGGUGUGCUGACCAUUGCCUUGCCCGUGCCUGUCAUAGUCUCCAACUUCAACUACUUCUACCAUCGAGAGACAGAGGGUGAGGAACAGGCCCAGUACCUUAACGUGACCAGCGUCCCCAAGAUUGACUCUUCGGAGGAUCUGAAAAAGAGCCGCAGCGGGUCAACCAUGAGCAAGUCUGACUACAUGGAAAUUCAAGAAGCUGUUAACAACAGCAACGAGGACUUUCGAGAGGAGAACACCAAGACCGGCAACUGCACCCUAAUCAAUACUAACUAUGUUAACAUCACCAAAAUGCUUACAGAUGUAUAACCGCUUUGAACUGCCUUGACGAAGAAGGUGAAAUAAAGUAGGGGAGUAUAGACCCCAGGUUUUGAAGGCUUCAGACGCCUCGUGCAGGAGUUUGAAGAUGGGAGAACUGAAAUGCAUCCGUUUGAGUGAAGGAUCAGUAAAGAAGACCUCUCCAUCAUUCCAUCCCCAUUACCUGUCACAAGUUCUGGAAAACUCGAUUGGUGGGGGACGUUGUUUUGCAUCUUCGUGUUCAGUGUCUGCAUGGAGUUUGUCUUUUCUGUGUGACUGUUCUAGUAGUCGUUCUGCUUGCAACAGUAGCCAAAUCUUAGCCUGAUAGAUGCAAGUGUAGCAUAGAGGGACCAAUUCCUGACUCCCAUUCACCCAUUCACUGCCAACCUGAGGACCCCUUGAGUGUAUUUGAACCUGGGAAUUUUGUCACUCCAAAUUGAUUAGUGGCUUUAAAACAUGGAGGAAUUCAUGUAUAUUCGUGAAGAAUCACCAUAGAGGAUGUAUCUCUCUGUGAAUGCACAAACGCUGCCUGUCCUGCCAGCCGCAACAGCAUACCAUGUGCGGUACAUAAAAAUGUUACAUUCCAUCUUGUGACUGAGAAAUACAUGCAUGACCAACCUUGGGGGCCUGGAAAGCUGAUUAAGGUUUCAUUUUUCUUUAUUCCUGCGACCAUUUUCCCCCCGUUUGCUGCCUAGGAUCUCAGUACGUCCCAUGUUAAAGUAAACAGACCUGAAAGUGGAAUGGAGAUUGUUUUUUUAAGUUGCCCUUUUUCCAUCAUCAUCACUCCACUAUACUGCAUGAGCAGCUUCCCUCCAUUGCAUCAUUUCCUCACGUCACUUACUUUUCCCAGCAUUGUAAACUUCCAAGCAUUCCAUGUGUAUGAGAAAUGUCUUUUGCAACAAUGAUCUACCCCUACAAGCGUCUGACGGGGGGGCUGCGGGAGUGUAGAUAUUUUACUGUGACAGUGCAGCCAACAACAGCCAAACUCACUAAGUCAGGUCACCAAAGAUGAAGUUCACUGCCGUUAUUUAUUGCAUUUUUAUAUUCUUUUUACAUUUUAGUGUCAUUCCAUGGUGCAUCCUGCUCAUAAUAUGAUGCUGGAGAAUUUGGAUAAAACUUGUAUGAAAAUGAUGCUUCCUUGAAUAGCUUUUGUAAGAGAUAGGAAAUAUUCAACUACUUUUGUGGUGCAUGUCUGGUACACAUUCCUUGUAGCAUGCAUGUAGUAUGAAUGAUACUUACAGAAGCAGAAAUAAUUAUUCAUAACUUUCUCAAUAUAAAUAUUUUUCUCUGUGAGAUUAACGGUAUGUGCAAUAUUAUAAAUGCUUAUUUUUGUUUUAAGGUUGCAAGAUUUUGCAAAUAGUUUCUGUGUUAGUAGGCUAAUGCAUACCAUCAAGGUUGUUAAUUUCUUUGUUUGGAGGGAGGGUGAAAUGCACCAAUUAAGACAUUUGGAUAUGGGGGAGAUCUAACUCUGCAAAAUCUAAAUUCCUGAUUUAAUAACGAGGGAUUCUCAUGGUUUUGUGGUACAUUUGAUACGUCUCGUCUGUAGCUUAUCGUCAUAACUAAAGAUGGUUCCUCUAGCGUUGUCUGUUGCAUUAAUGUUAAAGACCUCAUGAAAUAAAAAAAUAAAAAAGCGGACUUUUGCCGCUUUUAAUCCAAUUCGUUUUGAGGCCAUUGAAAUGCUAGUGUUUUUUUGU